AUGUGUGGGCUCCAUCAUCCUCCAACAGGAGGGCCAGCUGCAGGGCCACACCAUCAAAUGUACAUGGGUCAGAAAGGUCAAGGUAUGGUGCCGUCACAGCCUAUGGAGUAUGGCUACCAACUUCAGUUCAUGCCUGGUGUGCGUUCGGGGGCUUGGCCCGGCCAACUUUAUGAUGCCUUAUAUUCAGAGUCAAACUCAACCUGGUUCUCGUGUUGGAUUCAGGCGUGGUGCUCCUUACAUGAAGCAGCACUUCCAGCAUCAACAACUGAUAAUGCAGCACAAUGGAAGAUACAUGGGAGGUGUGGGUAA